UACUGAUUUAAACUCUUCAGAGGAACUCUGGACAGAAGAUAUCUCAAGCAGCUGCAACCCCCCAACUGGAAUAUUAACCUGCUGUAACGCUGAAAAUACCCGGAUCUCAACGGCUUUUACACUUACUUUAAUAAGUUGUUGCAUCCGUGAUCAUAAUAUUUAUAUUAAUAUGGGGAGAGUAAGCAGCGCUUGUUUUAUAUCUUGGAUGUAUUUUGUCUACAUUUCCUCGGGUUUUGCAACUACGAUUGAACCAACGAUUGAAUUUACCACUUUUAAUAACAUGUUGGAAAAUGCCACAGAAUGGAUGACGGACUUCAGUGACAUCGAGUCCAAGUUUUCCUUCAGGACCAGCGAGGAACCCGAAGAUGAUCUGUGCUACAUAGUUCCGGGUCAACCCGAAACCAUCAAGGAAUGUAACUUCAAUCCAGACACCAAGACUUUCAUAGUUAUUCACGGAUGGACGGUCACGGGUAUGUUUGAAAGCUGGGUUCCCAAACUGGUAUCAGCCCUGUAUGAUCGAGAGCCAACGGCCAACGUGAUUGUGGUGGACUGGUUGUCCCGUGCACAACAACACUACCCUACGUCAGCCGCCUACACCAAACUAGUAGGGAGAGACGUGGCCAAGUUUGUCAACUGGUUACAGGGUGAGAUUGGCUAUCCUUGGGAGAAGCUCCAUCUGUUGGGAUACAGUCUUGGCGCUCAUGUAGCAGGAAUCGCUGGUCUUCUCACCAAACAUAAGGUUAACAGAAUCACAGGCAUGGAUCCCGCUGGCCCUAGUUUUGAGUAUGCAGAUGCCCAAAGCACCCUUUCCCCUGACGAUGCCCUUUUCGUGGACGUUCUUCAUACCAACACUCGCGGUUCUCCGGAUCGCAGCAUUGGGAUUCAGAGGCCAGUGGGCCACAUUGAUAUCUACCCCAACGGAGGAACGUUCCAACCUGGGUGUGGCCUCCAAAACACAGUGUUGAUGGUGGCCACCACUGGUUUAAGAAACAUGGAUCAAAUCGUGAAGUGCUCCCACGAGCGCUCCAUUCACCUGUUCAUUGACUCGUUGCUCAACCAGGAGCAAGAAAGCUUGGCUUACAGCUGCAACUCCAAAGACACCUUCAACAAGGGGAUGUGCCUCAGCUGCCGCAAGAACCGCUGCAACAAGGUGGGCUACGGAGUCAACAAAAUUCGCACACGCAGGAGCAGCAAGAUGUACAUGAAGACCAGAGAUGUGAUGCCCUAUAAAGUUUUCCAUUAUCACGUGAAGGUCCACUUCUUCGGCAAGACUAAAUUGAGCUACACUGACCAGCCCAUGAAGAUCUCACUGUAUGGAAUCCAUGGCGAGAAGGAGAAUAUCCCUUACGUUAUGCCUGCUUUGAACACAAACAGCACCGUGUCUUUCCUGCUGACCACGGAUGCGGACAUCGGAGAGCUGCUGAUGGUGAAACUUUUCUGGGAGAAGGACACCCUCAUCAGCUGGCCAUGGCGGAGCCCCGAUACCUUCCACAUCCGCAAAAUACGCAUCAAAUCAGGAGAAACACAAUCUAAGAUCAUCUUCAGUGCCAAAGAUGGUGAAUUUUCCUACCUUUCCCGUGGAGGCGAAGCUGCCGUCUUCGUGAAAGACAAAGAAGCCCAGUCGAGCCGCAAAAACCAGAGAUUGCACAAGCUGAAGAUGCACGGAAGUUCAUUCAAACAGAGCACUGAGUAAAGACACACAUCGUCAUCCACCUCUGCUGGGAUCUGGCACGAAACCUGCCAGGGAAAACUGGAACGUUAGAGACUGAUCUCUCCCGAAUAUUCCGACUAGUAACCCUCACCCAACCCAAAUCCAGAAACACAUCCUGCAUCUUGAAAACAUUGCUGCUGUGCAGUUUUAAAACAAAACAAUCACUUCAGAUACCGCUAAUCUGGAUAGACAAUCUUCAGUGUGCGUCUUAAAUCCAUAAAAUUGAUAAUCAAAUCUCUAUGCAACAUAUUUAUGCAAGUAAUCAGUUCCAGUCUAUCUAAAAAUGACUUGCACUUAGUUAAAAGGAUUGUUUAGCUGUCCACCAAAGAGACUCUUCUUCAGUUGGAGAAAGAUGCCACUCGAAACAUGUUACGGUUUGUUUGGUUUAUCAGUAUUACUAUUGAAAUUCCAUUUAAUAACUAGGUUAUUAAGCCGUUUGGUCGUACUGUGAAUUAGAUUGUAUAAAAGCCGUUUUGUAGCUAUGCUAAUCCUCUUUGCCUCAGUUUCCGAAAGCAAAACUUUAAGAUUUGUCUUUGUUGCAACCUGUCAGUCUGAAUGAAUUGCUUUUAAAAAAAAAAAAAAAAAAAAAAAAUGGGACCAAAUCUUCUUCCAAAUCAUCUCUGCUGAAUAUGUGUAAUUGUCAUUAUAUAUACUUACAAAAAGCUCUUCAGAUGUCUACUUUUCUUUCAUUUCUUGGGUUAUUGUGUCUGGCACAGGUCACUUUAAAGGCUUUGCCUCCCUUUGAUUCAGUAUUGUUUGGCAAAAGAGCAAAAUCAACAAACGAUUCUGCCACUUUUGUUGUGUUUUUCAUCACCUCCUUCAAAUCAGUUUUGUUUGGUAAGAGAGAAAAAUCAACAAACAGUUCUGCCACAGUUCUGUUUUGUUUCUCGCUACCCCCUUCAAAGCAACUCCAAGACAGUUUCAUCUGCAUUUUAAAAAAGAAAUGAGGCGAGAAACUACUUUAAUUUAUAUAUGAGCCCGCCAAGAAGUAAAACAAGAUGCAUUUGAUCUGAAAUGUUGACAGUAUUCCAGGCCUGCCAGGGUUGACUGCCCCACAUAAUAGCCACAAAUACACCAAAAUUCUUCCUUUUUCCUAUUUAUUGAUUGUAUAUAUUUGUACAUUAAGCACAUAAUAUAUGUAUUCCAUGUUUCUGAGGUGCUCUUGCCUUUUCUUUUGAUUUAUGUAGCCUUUCUAUUUUUAUAAACAAACAUUGACUGAUUGAAGUGACUGGAAGCAAAUGAAAAGAUCAGCUGUGAUUAUUGAAUCUGCAUAUGCCGUGCACUGUAUGAUGUCAUUUUAAUAAACGCUAUGUUACAGUA